AUGCGCAUCGCUGACUUGAAACGUGCUGUUGAAGAUGUCAUCUUAAGACCGGAUGAUAAUCGAAUCUCCGACAUUUCAAAACGUUCAACUAUUGCUGCGUUAGAUCUCUGUCAACUGGAACGGGUCUCGGAAACGAGUGGAAUGGGGAUCGGCACGGACAUGCAACAGCACGGUUCAGCCGCAACACUGACGUCGUUUUCGUGCAGUGGUGAAAUGCUAUCAGGUUGUGCAUUCGACGAGAGGAGUGAAAGUACCUGCAGUACUUCGGUUACAACCUCAGAUACACCCUCUGUCAAUAAACCGCCUCUCAGUAUGAGCACAUCUCUAGAUACUAUGGUUUGCUCCAGUCUCUCUAAACUUCCAAAUCAGUGGUGUGAUGAUGAAUUGAUUAAGGUGCAUCGUCAUUCGAUUUCGUGUCGACCUUCAUUGGCACCCUCUCGUCGUUCAAGUCGCAUACUUCAACAUCUGAGCCACAGCAAACGUAAACGUUCAAAUUCAGUGUCGUCGUGUUUGAACAAAGGGUACUUUCAUCUGAUCGAUCUUUAUGCAUUCAUCUUUUCGCAUAUAAAUCAUGUUCAGUUCAUUCAAUGGGAUAGUAUUUUAUUGCGUUAA